AUGGCAUGCCUUGAAGAAAAUAUGAAUGGUAGUCAGUUUUUCUUCACACUUGGUCCAGCUCCUGAACUUACUGGCAAACAUACACUUUUUGGUCGUGUUGCUGGUGAUACCUUAUUCAAUAUGCUGCGUCUUGGUGAAGGGGAGAUUGGUCGAAAUGAAAGACCUUUGAGGCUUCAUCGUAUUGUCGGUACUUGUGUCAUACUCAACCCAUAUGAUGAUAUUGAACCAAGGCAACUCCCCAAGCAAUCAGUUAAAUCAAAUUCUGAGAUGAAAUCAAAGUGA